ACGGUCACCGUAGACAGUUCCGCCUUCUGGUUGGUCAAUUCUCACCGUAGACUACCAAUCAUAUCGUCUCCCGGCGUCAUGUGACUGACCGUAGACAGUUACGGCUUCUGAUUGGCCCAGAGUCUACGCUCGGUUACUCUAUGCAGAUUAGUAUUUUCCUCCGGCGAGCAUACAGUAUUGUGUAUUUCAGUAUCUCCAGAAGAGAGAUGGCGACCCCACCACAGAUCAAGGUCGUCAACCCAGCAGCCCCUGCACAUCGCCAACAGGCUGCACUGACGGCGACCAGAGAGGCCCGUAGUUAUCGGGAUAAGAAGGUGGUCUUCCCCAAACCUCCACAGGAGCUGCUCUUCCAGGCAACAGCCCUGGCCCACACAGAGAAGCUCCUUCAGGCCGAGGGUAUCCCUGUGCCAUCCCGUCAGCUGUGCCUGGGAAAGCUGGUGGUGCCAUUUGGCCAAUACCAAAAUGCACCAUUCCACUGGCUUGUGGCAAAUGAUGUGGGCUACAUGAAGUAUGUGAUUGACAAGCACAGGUUAGAGGUAACAAACCCCCAGAGAAAGGGAGAGAUUGGGAACCAGUGGGUGAAAGAUUACCUCACAGAAUAUGCGGAAAGCUUCCCACAAGUCUCCAAUCUCCUCGAGGCCAACGUCGACAGGUGUAUCUACGGCCAGAAAGGGUUCGAGGAUCACACCUUUCAGGAGAUGUGGGAACUCUACCGGCAGCACCACGCCAUAAAGAACAGGCCAGAGGAGUUUAGAGAUGAGCAGCGGGAGCUUAUAAAGAAGGCAAACAGUUCUGUAAGGAGAUGGCUUAACACACCAGUGACACACAUCACCAGCGCGCAGAUGAAAAGAUUCAGAAAAUAUGUCAACGAGAAAGAUCAACAACUGCAUGCCAGCACCUCCAAGUGUGAUCCUUCAUCAUGGCCAGGUGAUGAAGCUGAACUGGUGGCUGCAAGUCAGGCUGUGGAAGACUUGCUCAAGACCCCUGUUCAGACUAAACUGCCUGCAUCCGCUGUCCGCUCUACUCUGCCUGCUGCUGCUGCUGCUGCUGCUGCUGCUGCUGCUCCUGCUGCUGCUGUCCAGCCAACACUGCCUGCACCCGCUGUCCGCUCUAAACAGCCUGCUGCUGCUGUCCACUCUUCUCUGCCUGCUGCUGCUGCUGUCCGUACUGCACAGUCCACUAGCCAGCCAGCCAGUCAUGAUCUCCUCUUGGAAUCCCCUCUCACUGACUCCCCUGUGGAGCUGGAGGGUUGGGUGCGUCUGUGGGAAAACCCCAAUGGCAUCCCAUCUGCCGACAUUUCAUGGCUUAAAGAACAUUGA